AAAACAGAGAUGGUUUCCCCAGCAAUUGCCUUGGCUUUCAUUCCAUUCCUGUUAACGGUCCUCAUUAAAUACCGGUAUUACAUACUGCUCUUCUACCGGGCUGUGCUUGUGCGUCGCCUGCAAGAUUUAAUAACAGGCCGCUCUCGGGAAGACCGCGCCUUCCAGUAUGUGUUUACACAUGCACUUCCUGGGAAUGCAGAGAGCAUACUGGACACAUUUGAUCACUGGUGCACUAAGAUAGAAUACCUUAGCAACAUUGGACCAAAAAAAGGUAAAGUUUUGGACCGUCUCAUUGGAGAUAUGGCUCCAAAGACAGUGCUGGAGUUGGGGACACACUGUGGCUAUGCUGCUGUCCGCAUUGCCCGCUUAUUGGAAUUGGGUGCUCGGUUAUACACCAUCGAAAUGGACGAAGAGAAUGGCAGAAUAGCGGAGAAGAUUAUUCGCUUGGCAGGGUUUGAUGAUGACACGGUGGAACUAAUCAAUGGGCAUUCAGAAGAUGUGAUUCCUCAGUUUCGGGAGCGAUUUGGAGUGGACCACAUAGACUUUGUGUUUAUGGAUCACUGGAAGAGAUGUUAUCUCAGAGACCUCCAGCUGCUGGAAGAAAGUGGACUAAUAGGGAAAGGGAGCAUUAUACUAUCAGACAAUGUGAUCUUUCCUGGUGCACCUCAUUUCCUGCGCUAUAUUAAAUCAUCCGGCUUGUAUCAGUACCGCAUUCACAGGGCCACCCUGGAAUACUUCCCAGGCAUUCGAGAUGGUAUGGCAGAGCUCACUUACAUGGGGACGACAUAGACUUGACUGAAGGACUGGAGACGAGAGGGUGAAAUUGAGAAGAGGAAUGAGUGGCUAGAAUGGGCAGUACUGUAACUGCAACAAUUGCCCGUCUGUAAAAUGGAAAAGGAACACCAAUAGCUGUUCUUGCACCAGGCCAAAAUUUGACGCCUU